GAUAAAUCUGUCUUUUUCUUAAAGGGAGAUCAGUGUUGAACGUGAAAUACUGAAUCCGUCUUUAGUUGUUCGAAUGCUAGUUGAGCUUGUGAACUAUAAAUUGAAUAACCUGCUACAGAGAAAUGUGGUCAAUUUUCCAGUCUAUGAUUGUGUGGUGUUUGUAUAAUAGGUUACAUUGUGUCCUCUAAAAUGACGUUUCUAACUUGUAAAUAUUAUUUAUUUGAAACUAACUGAUUUUUGUUGAUUAUUAGGACUCGUUGACAAGUAUUUUCACUGUCUGUAAACCUGUGUAUUAUUUAACAAUUGAUGUGAGGUUAUGAUAAGAAAAUUAAUUUGAGUCACAUCCCGUGUCCAAUGUUUACUAUUAGAUCAUUUUUUGGAACUAUUAGAGACUGUGAAAAUUCAUUCAUAUAUCAGAUAUGACAUUAAAUGGUUUUAGCAAUCAAAAAUUAAAAUGAUUGGUACAGCCUGUAGUUUAGAAGAUGCGUGUCAGCAGGCUCAGGAUAUGAUAAAUCAAGUUUCCAAAUGUUGGAAAAAUGUUCAAGGACAAAAUUCUGUAAGUUUAACAUGUGAUAAAUCAUCUAUUCAAAAAAAAGAACAGAGUCAUUCUAAACAUAGUAUUCAGUCAAAAUUGACUAGAUUAUAUUUUGAAGAACUUACUAAAGUUCCUCAUGCAACUCCUGACUCUGUGUUGAAUAAUUUAGAAAAUGAAUGUGAUCUUUUGGGAAGAUUGGUGCAAAGAGAAGGUUUACAUACAUUAAUUGUUAAUCUCUAUGCUGGUAAUAAAGGAUACUCACUAGCUGUAAGAAAUAGUGAUAAGGGGAAUCAGUAUGAUAAAAAUUCAAUAUUAGCUGAAACACAACUGAUGGGUUACGAACAGGGUGAAUUGCUUUCAUGUAUAGAUAAUGGUCAAUUGCCUGCAAUGUUGGCUGAACAACUAGAAACCAAUCAUUCUCAUUUAUUUUAUGAUGGCUGUAUAAUAGCUGAAGUUCGAGAUUAUCGAAAAGCAUUUCCUCACACUAAAGCUGAAGUUCAUCAUGUGCUUCUUAAGCCUACAACACAAAGUGUACUUUCAGAUGUAUCAACCUUGACUAGUGAUGGAGAUUGGAGUCAUGAAGAACGAUUAAUGUUAGAAUCACAUUUAGUUGCAGCUACUCAAGGACCUCUUUGUCUUGAUCCAAAUCCUAUUCCUAGCUUAGCUACAACACGAUUGAAACAGUCUAAAUCUUUGCUUACUGAUCAUCAACUUAUGAGACAAGCCAAAAAGUUUUCACAGGUUACAGUUAAUCGUAAGAGAAAAUUGGAGCAAUUAGCACAACCGGAGGGACUAACAAUACAAGAUUUAAUGCAGAAAUUAAGAACAAAAAGGAGAGUAGUUACAACCACUGCCUGUCCAUCGCCUUCUCUUACAAAUCCUCCUUUACUUCCACCAAGUACACCUAUCGAUGUUUUAAGAUUUGCAAAAGCAUACGAACGCCCGCGAGAAACAAAAGACUGUUUGCCACACGUUAUAGAAGAAUAUAUAUUAGAAACGGGAGGAAGUCAAGGUGAAAUAGAUCACAUAAAGCUUUCAAUUCUUCAAAGACCUUCUAAUUCUGAGUACCUGGGAGAGCUUUAUAUGGAUAAGAAUCAUCGUGAAGGAGAAAAAAACGGAUCUGCAUGCCGGUUUACAUUAGGUACAAGAGUUCUGGCAAAUCAUUACAUUCAGCAAUUUACAGAAAUAUUUACGGAAGAGGGUAGAAAGAAUGUUAGAAUAAAACAUGUUGUACCAGGGCAGGUCCCUCGUGUAACAUGUACACCCGGUAUGCAGCGAGCUCAUCAACAGAUUUUAUCAAGAGCUCAAGGUCAGUUAAAUACUUUAGCUGGACAAGUAGCUUCAAUGAAGACCAUGACAGAAGCUACUUGUCCAACUACUUCUGCACAAAACAACUUGACAUGCGUAGAUGCAACAAAUAUUCCACAAGUUAUUGCCCAAAAUGAGACUACGUCAAUGAGUCCAGGGCAGUCUUUGACUAAUGGUGGAUCAAAUGCUUCUACAUCCGUACAAAUUGAUAACUCUACUAUAUCAGUUACUGAUGGCAGUUCCUGUAAUGGGUCUGGAAUUUUAGUUUUUCAGCAAAAGUCAAACAGUAAUAUUAACAAUACUACAUCUACAAAUGUUCCAGUUUUGCAAGCUCAGUUGCAAGCUGGAACACAAAAUUGUGUUACGGAAACCGUUAAUCAGAAUCAAAAUGAAAUGCCGUUUAAAAAACAUUCUACCAAUCCUGCAAUAACGGCUCUUGUAACGUCUCUCAUGAAUUCUGCUCAACAAUUUCAACAGCAAGCUGCAGCAAAUGCAGCAGCUGCUGCUAUGAAUAGUAAUGCACAGACUACAAAUAAGUCAAAUAAUGCUGCGAUCCUUAGUUUGUUAAAUAGUAGCCCUGCCAAUUUGACGCAACAGAAAGUCCAACCACGAAGGAUCUCUUUGAAUGCUUCCAUCCCAUCUAGAGUUCUUAGUCAUGGAAAUGUUAUUAAUGUCCCUAAUACAACUGGUCAAGUAAGAGUGAGUUUAAGUUCAACUUUAACAGGACAAUUAAAUUGUAAACAACAACCUGUCAAAGCAACAGCUGUGAAAUUAGCUCGUGUGCAAGAUCCUACUUCAACUCUUGGAUUAUCAAUGUCAGGACUUUCAGCGUUAUUAGCAGGAACACCAUCUGCAGAUAAUCCAAUACCAGGAAUUAAUUCUGGCUCUUCUUUGCUUGAGCGGUUAACUGCUUCUUCCAAUCAGAAUAAUCAAUCUACGACGCCAAUGAGUACUCCACCAUCUACCAAUGUGAACCUGCAGGGUGUAAACCUUACUAGUCUGUCAAAUUCUAUCAAUGGUCUCCAAAAUGUUCAGGUAUCAUUUCCCGGACUAUCACAACCCAUUACGAUGUCGCUAAAUGUGUCAGCGACGACGGGUUCCGUUACACCUACAGGGGUCAUUGUUUCUCUACCUAUAUCAUCUGCAACUAAUACUUGCACCACGGUUUCUAGUGGCGGACAAGCAAUUCAACUUGUUGGAUCUCAAAGGCCACGACUUAAUCACAUAACUCGUCAAGUACAACCAAAUCAAGUUAAAUCAACUGUUUUAUCAAAUCAAUUAGUAACUGUGGCUAAAACAGUAACAGCCAGUCAGUUAAUACUAUCUGGCAAUAAACAGGUGUUAACUCCUAUAAUGGCAGCAACGAAACCAGUGCUUAUGGCGUCCCAAACAACACCUUCUUCCCAAGUAGUACCUGCAAAUAAACAAACAUUAUUGACAAAAUCCUUACAUGCUAGAGCUUCAACAGGACAGUGCAGUCAGCAAACUCAAAGUCUUGGCGUGGCAACAUUAUCACAACAACAACUACAGAGGACUCUUGUAAAACCUGUACAACUCCAACAGUUACAGUGUUUAGCUACACAACAUAAAGUAGCGGUUGCAGCUGGUAAUUCACAAAACAGAACUCAAAUUGAACCUCAAAGGAAUUCUACAGCUGCUCCUGGGGAAGAUCCAGCCUGAACAUGUUCAAAUAAUUAAUAUUUCAUCACAUUUAAAUAAUUGGAGCCUGCCUAUAAGAAAUGUAAUGAGGUGUUUGUAUAUUAAGUUAAUGUGACAUUUAUAAAUUUUAAUUAUGCAUGCAAUUAUAAUUAUAAAAUUAUACAAUUUUUAUUCAUAAACGAACUAUGUUUGCCAACAAAGACAUAUUUUAUAAAAAUCAGCAUAGUACAUAUUUGUGCACAUGUGCAAUAAAUUA